AUGCAAACCCUUAAGUGUGUUGUGGUAGGUGAUGGUGCCGUCGGUAAGACGUGUUUGUUAAUCUCAUAUACAACCAAUCAAUUUCCGGCUGAUUAUGUCCCAACUGUAUUUGACAAUUACGCCGUGACCGUUAUGAUUGGAGAUGAGCCUUACACAUUGGGUUUAUUUGAUACAGCUGGUCAAGAAGAUUACGAUAGAUUGAGACCAUUAUCGUAUCCUUCCACAGAUGUUUUCCUUGUAUGCUUCAGCGUGAUCUCACCGCCAUCUUUCGAAAACGUCAAGGAAAAGUGGUUCCCAGAAGUGCAUCACCACUGUCCAGGCGUUCCAUGCCUGAUUGUUGGUACGCAGAUAGAUUUAAGAGACGAUAAGGUCAUCAUCGAGAAGCUGCAGAGACAAAGGCUACGUCCGAUUACACCGGAACAAGGUGAAAGGCUCGCUAGAGAACUAAGAGCCGUGAAGUAUGUGGAAUGCUCUGCUUUGACACAACGUGGUCUCAAGAAUGUUUUUGAUGAAGCCAUAGUCGCUGCACUCGAACCUCCGGUGAUCAAGAAGAGCAAGAAGUGUACUAUUUUAUAG